UACAAAAUUACUCGGUGGUUCAAUGUAACCUCACAUUUUUUAAUGUCAAACUGUUGGAAACUCAAACAAACUAAAUGAAUCAUGUCGCUCUUCAAAAAACCUAAGAAACAAAUCCAACGUAGAGUAUUAACAGAAAAUUCUGAUGAAGAUGAGCCCAUGGAAGUGGAGGUACAAAGUGUGCCAGUCAUCAAAAAACCAAAAAAGGAUAAGAAAGACAAAAAACCAAAGCAAAGUAUCCUGAGCUUUGAAACCGAGGAAGAAGGUGAAGUGUUUCAAGUGAAGAAGUCUUCUCAUCAUAAGAAAGUUAUGAAAAUGUUCGAAAAAGAAAAGCACAAGAGAAAAGAGUCAAAACCUGAAAAGGAAGGGAAAAACAAGGAUAAAACAGAGAUAGUUACCGAUGAUCUUGUGUUAGUUGUUAAUCCUAGUCAUAAGAAACCUCCAACGCCUCCUCCUCCUAUUUUAUCAGGAAGAGAUGCUCUGUGUGCUGGUAAAGAUGAUCUUUCGUCAGAAGAAGAUGAUGAAAAUGUUAUGCAUGGUAUACAUAGAUUUUCCAAACCAGACAAUUUCAAAAGAGUGUUGGAAUCUGGAGCUAUUCCAGAUGCUGCAAUGAUUCAUGCAGCUAGAAAAAGAAGACAACGGGCUAGGGAAAUGGGAGAUACUAUUCCUCUAGAAGAGGAAAAAGAACAAGAUACUGGUGGAGGUCGCUUACAGAGAGAAGACGAGCAUGAUGAAAGUGAUGAUGAGAGGAUUGACAUGGAUUUAAAUCAUAAAGUUAGAGAUAUUGAAAGACGUAGAGAACAGUUUUAUGCUGCUCAAGAUAGUGACCAGGAAGUUGAUGAAUGGGAAGAUCAACAAAUUCGAAAAGGUGUAACAGGAGCAGCUGCAGCACUAGCCCAAGAGUUAAUGAUCAAUUCUGAGCAAUUGCAACAACAGAUAACCAUUCCAGCCCCUGUGAUAGAACCAGGUGUGCCCAGAACUCCUCAAAUGAUAGUGGAAAAACUAAAACAACAUUUUGAAGAUGUUCGUAAAUCAAGAGAUCAACACGCUAGGCAAUUGGAUAAAGUCCAACAGGAUAUAAUCCUACUAACGUCAGAAAUGGAUGAUCUAAAACUAAAAAUACCCCAAGCUGCUGAGCGGUUCAGAUUCUAUCAAGAACUCAGAGGUUACAUUACAGAUCUUGUGGAAUGCCUCGACGAGAAAAUUGGCACAAUAAUGACUCUAGAGCAAAAAGCAAUGGAUUUACAAGCCAAAAGGUCUGAAUGGUUUAUUGAAAGAAGGAGACAGGAUGUGAGAGACCAAGCAGAAGAGGUGACUAGUAAAUUGAAUAUGCGAAAAGUGCCUGAUGAUGAGACGAAAAUAAGAAGAGCAGCUGAGAGGGAAGGUAGAAGAACAAGAAGGAGAAGAGCCAGGGAACUUGCAGAUCAAGCAACAAAACAUGUGGAAGGUAUGUCGAGCGAUGAUGAAAUUUCACAACAGGAAGAAAUGAAUUUCAAUAAAGAACAAGAACAGAUUGAGAAUGAAGCCAAGGCGGUUCUUGAAGAUGUGACUGAUGAUUACUCAACUAUUGCCAAUAUCCUUAUUAGAUUUGAACAUUGGAGGGAAAAUGAUAUCAACUCUUAUAAUGAAGCAUAUGCGACUUUGUGUUUACCAAAAGUUGUGAGUCCUUUCGUGAGGCUUGAAAUGAUAUUCUGGAAUCCCCUGUUGGAAAGUCAAGAUUUGGAGAAACUUCCUUGGUAUCGAACCUUAGCACUGUAUGGUUUGCAUGAUGAUGAAACUGAAUCAUCUCUAGCCAAAGAUCCAGAUAUAAAUGUACUUCCAAUUCUUGUAGAAAAAUUAAUUGUUCCGAAAUUAGUACAGUUGGUUGAUAGAUGUUGGGAUCCUUUAUCAAGUUCUCAAACUCUCAGGUUAUUAAGUGUGGUCACUAGGUAUAUUAGAAAGUUUCCUACACUUGGACCUGCCUGCAAGCCCCUGAGCAACUUAUUUCAUGCUAUUCUACACAAAAUGAAAACAUCCUUGGAACAUGAUGUUUUCAUACCAAUGAGUCCUAAGCUUGCUGAUAGUAAAUCUCAUUUUUUCCAACGACAAUUUGCCAGUGGAAUGAAGUUGUUGAAGAACAUAACAAGUUGGCAAGGUGUGCUGAAUGAUAAUACUUUGAAAGAAUUGGCCUUAACAUCUCUGAUGAACCGUUAUUUGUUAACUGCAAUUAAGUUCUGUUUGCUAACUGAUGCUGUGUUUAAAGUGAAUCUUAUAACACAAAUUCUACCAAGGAUUUGGCUGCAAAAUAAUCAUCCUGAACUCAAAUUGUUCAAGACAACAGUGAUGGGUCUGCUGCAACAGCUUGAUAAAAAUAAUCCUUUACACUUGGAGUCAAUAGAUAUUUUGAAUGGGAUUUUGAAAACAUUGAGGAAUAAAUGAGAAAAUAUGAUGCAUCAUGAAACUUUCAUGUAAUGUUUGAAAAGUCCCAUGUUAGCGAAGAUCAACUAACUUUCAAUUGAGUUCUCCCACAUUUCGAUGCUGAAUAGUGGUGUUGAAGUUUGAACCAAGUCAAACAUGUUGAAAUCAGGGUUUUACUCUUUUCUAACGAUAUUAAUUUAAAAUGUGUAUAAAUAAAAGUUAUACAAAUUU